UAAUUUGCAGGUUAUAAAAAUAAAUUGACCUAGGAAUAUUCAAUACAUAAAUUUCCUUUUUAUUUGUGUACUAAAUAUUCCAAUAUGUUCAGGAACUUUUUGCUACCAGUCACUCGUGCAAGGUUUCAGGUAAUUUGUGUUAGGAAUAAACAGAAAAAAGUACCUAAAGUUGAUAAAAAAUUGCAAGCUGCAGCAGAAUCCUUGGCUUCAAGAGGAUUUCUACGGCCAAACAAGCCUUGGGAUCCACCAACCAACAUUCAGGAGACAGUACUUAAAAUUUGUACCAGCAGUGGGCUUAAAGAUGAUUCUGAGUUUGAAUCUUUGGAAGUAAAAUUUAACGUACUUAAGGCAUGCUAUGAAGAGACUGGACAUAGUGUACCAAAUUCCUUGCUUCAUACAAUUGAAACAGUUGAUGACCUAUUGGACUUCUAUGAAACCCCUGUUGAUGUGUGCACUCCAUUCGAUGCUCUUAAGAAAAUGGAACUACCUAAAAAUCUUCAUGUGCAAGGAGACUAUGUUCGGUUCCACCCUGACAAAGAUACACUAAUGAAUGGUCAGUCAGCAUUCCCUCAGAGCUCAACGAUUGUUUCUGGUUUGAAUACGCGCAAGAAGUACGAAGGCUACAAUGCUAAGAGAUCUUGGCCUUAAAUACUGUUGUAUUAUACAAUUUUAUAAGAUAGUGUUAUAGAAUAAUAAUUGUAAUUAAAAUGUUAGAGCUUU